AUGUCCGACACUUUAGUUCCCCCCGCCGCGCUGCGCACACUUCAGAUGGACGGGCUACUCUCCGCGCUGGCCGACGCGCCACGCUGGGCAAUCUACUCCAUCGCAGCAGCUCUCGCCCUCACCGCCAUCAUGAUCUACCGCUACCCCUACCGCGAGCGUGUGCUGCAUUACCGCAACCUCCCCGGUCCUGCCAGCAGCCAUUUCCUCUUUGGCGAUUUCCCCAAGGUUCAAUCCCACCCUACUGGUCGUGUAAUGCAGUCCUGGUUCAACGAGUACGGCCCGACCGUGCGCGCAAAGCUCCUCCUCGGCGACAACCUCAUCGUUACGGCCGACACCACUGCCAUGGCUUUCAUCAUGCAGCACGCCGACCACUUCAUCAAGCCGCCCGCACAGACGCGCAUGAUCACUCGCCUCCUUGGCCACGGUUUGCUCAAUGUCAAUUUCGACACCCACCGCCGCCAACGUCGUGUCCUUAACCCCGCUUUCCACCCCGACGCAAUCCGCGAGAUGGUACCCCACAUGUUCACCAAGGCUUACGAGCUGCGCGACAAACUCAUGGAGGCCUGUGCCGACCCCGAGUACAACGACCCCGAGACUGCCGCUCCGCGUCCCGAGGAUGUCGUCACCGGCGCACGCAAGGUUAACAUGAACAAAUACCUCAUCAACACGACCUUCGACGUCAUUGGCCUCGCGGGCUUUGACUACGACUUUGGCUGCCUCCGCGAGGGUAACCACAUCGUCACCACCUUCCGUAACGCCAUGUCCGAGCUUCAGCGCCUCACCCUGUUCGGUGUUCUCCAGCAGAUGGUCCCGGCCCUUGACAUUAUUCCGUCCAAGCGUAACAAACUCGCCGACCUCGCGCGUAUCGGUACUUCUGGUGUCGGACGCGAGUGCAUCGCCAGGAAGCGCCGCGAGAUGGAGACCCUGCACAAGGACGACUUGUCCAAGGGCACCUUUGUCGGCAAGGACCUCCUCUCUCUCAUGCUCAAGGCCAACAUGGCCAAGGACUUGCUCCCGCGCGACCGCCUCGACGACACCGAGAUGGCAUACCAGGUAUCCACCUUCAUCCUCGCUGGGUCCGAGACGACCUCCAACUCGCUCACUUGGACGCUCUACCGUCUGGCAAUGCACCUCGACGUCCAGCAGCGUCUGCGCGAGGAACUCGAGACUCUUGCCACCGACGAGCCCUCCCUCGAGCAACUCAACACCCUUCCCUACCUCGAGAAUGUGAUCCACGAAUCUCUCCGUCUUGACCCACCCGUCCCCGAGAGUAUGCGUUUGUGCACCCAGGACGUCAUGCUUCCUCUCCACACACCAGUCAAGGGUCGCGACGGCAACAUGAUCGACUCGGUACCCAUGAAGAAGGGCGACAUGAUCAUCACAGGGUACAUGCAGGUCAACCACAACAAGGACAUCUGGGGUCCCGAUGCCGACAAGUUCAACCCCGACCGCUUUGACCGUCCCGGCAUUCCGGCGCGCAAGGCUCCGGGUACUUGGGGCAACAUCACCAGCUUCAAUGGCGGUAACCGCAACUGCAUCGGGUACCGCUUCGCCCUCGCCGAGAUCAAGGCUAUCCUCUUCGUCCUCCUCCGCCACUUCCAAUUCGAAAUGCUGCCGAGUUCGCCUACCAUCACGGCAAAGAACUUUAUCAUCAUGCUCCCAUGGGUCGUCGGCGAGGAGAACGUCGGGAGCCAGAUGCCCCUCAUGGUCCGCCCUCUUGAGUAG